UAUCCAAAACUCAUGUACUCCGAUCAUAUGCCUGUGUGACAAGUUUUCUCGCUGAUUAUGGCCUUCAGUGACUGGAUGAUCCUUUUUAAUUUUUUAAGCGCCUUGCAGGUAGUUUCUUAAAGAUGACGCAGUCAGCGUUUGAAAGGCUGCGGCCCCUAUGCGUGAGGCUGUCAAAGGAGCCUUCCAACAGCACCGUCGAGCAGCUCAGGACUCUCCUGGAGGGGAUGGACGAGGGCACCCUUGAACCUCUCCAGCAGUACCUUCUGUUCCCGCUUCGCCUGGUGCUCCGAGAGCCCAAGAAAAUGCCCGCCGGUUGCUGCGAGAAUGCCCUAGGGUGCAUCAGCAAGAUCUUCUCCUGCACCAUGGUCAGGGACUGGCCCGUCUUCUCUGACUUCUUCUCCACACUCUGUAUUCUUGUCAGUCCGGAGGCCAACGUUGGAGGAGCUUCAAGCCCAGCCGAGGAGUUAAAGAUGGCCGUUGUCUCGUGCUUGGAGGACUUGCUGAAGAGCGCUUCGGACUUUGUCCUUAGUCGUCUGUACAGUCCGCAGUUCCUUCCAGCCGCGGGCCAUGCUGUUUCCGUCCUGUUGGGAAUGGCUGAGUCCGAGAAACUGAAGGAAUUGAGGGUCAAGGCCAUGAUGUGUCUGCAACAUCUUGCUCAGUGUGGAGGCGGAGAAUUAGCCAGCAACACCAUCAAGGAAUCCAGAGCAUGCUUCGCCUCAUUCCUGCCGGGCAUCAGCCUGGCGCUCAGCCGGGUCAUACUGGGUGACACCAAACAGGGUCAGAAAGUUACAGUCGCGGCAAUCCACACCUGGUCUAAAAUUGUUGCCAUGGUGAUGGAUGACCUUUACACUCCGAACCAAUCGAAUGAAGACAAUAAAUGCCCGCUAUUGGAAGAAGGUGAGGCCAAGUGCCCAGGAAGAGAUCUGUGGGUGGAAAGAACAUCCAAAUGGGUGGACUCGACUGCCAAGAAACUGGACAUUCUGAUUGGUCGCAUUGUUGCCAUGGCAACUAACCCCAACUGGAAGAUACGCCUCGCAAUGGUGAUAUUUUCAGAGAAGCUUCUUUUCAGUUGCAAAAGUUCGCUGUCGGCCAGCAUUCCAAAAUUCCUAGAGCUCCUGGUGUCUCUUGUCGGCGAUGAAUACGACCAGGUGGCCGCCCGGUGCAAGGCGGUUCUGGAGAGGUUUGCCCAGGCACACAUGGGUGGGGAGGAUGAAGGGGAUGGGGUAGGGAAACCCCUUGUAGAGCUCCUAGAGGAGAACCUGCACUCGUUGAUGACUGCGCUGCCACGGCUGAUGAGGACUGCAGAUGAUGCUACAAAGCUGGCAAGAUUAAAUCUGGUUAUUGGAUAUCUGAAACUUCUUGGUCCUAGGAUAUCCUCACUGCUGCACUCCGUCGCCCAUCUCAGGCGUCUGUCUCUAGCACUCCUCCAAGUCUUGGAGCUUGACCUCAGGGACAUUAAGAUUCUAGAAGAGGCAACUCUUCGUCCAGAAUCGGCAGUGAGUGCUGUGGACACCUUCCAACCGUACCCGGCCAGACGAAAGCAUUUCAAGCAGUUUGCCGACGAGAGAAUCCACAAGGCGAUCAUCGAAAUCUGUCAUUUACUUGGAAUGCAUGGAAACAUUACCCUUCUUGUGGACCACUUCCUGGGUCUCUUCCAUGAGUCGUCAUCACACCGGAAACAGGCGGUCCUAGUCCUGAAUGAGAUCAUGCUGGGUACCAGGGUGACACCACUGGAUGACAGUAACAAGACAUCGUGGGAAGGAUCAGCCAGUCCUGCCUUGAGGGAUACAACUGAAAUUGAGAGUGCAGUUCGAACUUUGCUGCAAGAGUACCUAUCUCCCAUGCACUGGAAUCUCCCCACCUGCCCUAGCCAAUCAGAGGCCAUCUCAGCUCCUAAGGACACAUCCAAUUGGCUGGUUGUCUCUCAACAGGAGAGAGGCAAUGUUUCAUUGGCCAUGCUGAACAGCAAUGUGUUGCUGAUUAGCCUGCUGUUGGAGGGGAUUGGGGCAUUUGCCCAGGUUUUAGGACCGGCAUUCAGUCUGCUUCUCAUGGACUGCCUCUACCCUGUCCUCGAGAAACUUGCAGAUGAGAAGGCUGUCAUCAGCCAAACAGCUUACAGCACUGUGGUACAGAUUUGCAUAGCCUGUGGAUACCAGACCAUCCCAGCUCUCCUGAGCUCCAAUGCCGAUUACCUAGUGGACGCCAUCUCGUCCAGCCUGAGGCACCUAGAGAUGAACCCAAAGGCCCCUCUUGUUCUACAAGUCACCCUCCGACACAGUAAUGCUGAAAUGUUGCCUCUUCUUCAGGACACCAUAGACGAGAUCCUCCUAACGUUGGACCAGUACCACAAAGAAGUUGCCGCCACGGUGAUGGACGUCUUGAAGACGCUCGUCAUGGCCAUCUACAGGUGGUACCCCUGUGAUGACAAGAAAACAGAGCCAUCGGAAGAAGAUUCGCAGCCCUUGCUCGACAAAGAUCCUGCCGGCCAGGACCGCGAACUCGCAGACGAUCUUCCCAUCACCCUCCAAUCCAUUGGCGACUUCUUCCUGGAGCACCUGCGUCUGAAGCGCAUCGCCGAGGGCGACGUGCGAGAGGAGGAUAUAGAUGACGAUCCCGGGAUGCAUCCGAGUCAGGCGAGCGGGGAGGAGAUGGAUGGUGGGGACGAGGUUGACAAGGAGAAGGCAUUGCCCAUGCACAUCAAGACAGUCAAGGAGGUCCUGGAGAGAUGUCUUCAUUUCUUGUCAUCCAGUGACCCAAGACUACGCCUGAAGGUUCUUGAGACAGUAAAACAUGGCAUCCUUGCAUUGCGAAACCACCAAGACGAGCUUCUGCCCCUUAUCCACCGCCUGUGGCCGGCCUUCGUCCAACGCUUCCAGGAUACCGAGCAGCUGGUAACCUGCAGGGCAUGUGAAACACUGCACACCAUGGCGGACACCGCUGGAGAUUUCAUACAGAAGAGAGUCAUUAAGGAUGUGUGGCCCAAACUGGUGUCCAUCCUGGAAGCCCAAGCCAAAAUAAGCGAGAAAGCAGGGCCUGCCUACCUGCACACCUCGGCCUGCAAACUGCAGCUGGCCGUACUCCACUGCGCCGGCCCCAUCUGCAGCAAAGCAGGCGUGGGAGGUGGGGAGCUAGCCAAGAUGGCCACCGCCUGCUUGCCGUACCUGAGCGCCAGGCAGCCAGGCGUACUCCAGGCGGCCGCCAAGGAGAGCUUCGGAGCAUUUGCAGAUCUGGAACCCGACGCAGUGUGGGUGACGCUGAACGAUGUCCACUGCCCAUCAAGCCGGCGAGCACCACAUGAAUGCUUUCCAGCUCACAAGUUCUUCGGCGAGAUCAACCCCCACAGAGGUGAAUAUGCCAAGAACAUUCUGAGACUCCUUGAUCAACUUCAGCCCCGUCCAAUCUUGCAGGAGACACUGAAGAGACAAGGUCACCGUCUGCCGUCAGAAGAAGGAACAGGCUGAUAUACUUCCCGUCAGUUGUGGCUGUUAUUUGGGUUGUAUAAAGGGCAAUGGUACAUCAAGCUGGCCAGAAAUACCAGGGCUAACGCCCACUCUUCCACUAGAGGUUUGCCAGUCUAGCGCAAUGGAUGUAUGAAGCAGAACCUCCCACCCUAAGGAUGCAACCUUCAAUUCCAUGGACAAUUUGGCAUCUUUUGUGGCCCAGGAAAGUCUGCAUUAAUCUCAAGAAGUAACACUUAAUGUGCCACAUUCCCUAGGUGGAGAUCCCGGGCGGGGGUAAUCCCCCCACUUUUUGACUCCACCCACUUUUCAAGUCACUGACAUUAUGCGCGUGCAUUCAUAGCCUCCGCACAAGGAUGGCCAUUCAGAAAUCAUCUCCCCUACUGUGACCACAAACGCAAAUUUGUGACGCCCACUUUAUAGACGUUUUUCAAGUGAUGUAACAUGACAGGCAAAGUAGUUUCAGGAAGCGUACAAUGUCCAGGGAGGCAUUUAGGUGCAUUUUCGAAUGUAUUUCUGUUGGCAAUUUCAUGUACGCCAGAAUAUUGAGAGACUUUGAAGGCACGCAACGUCACAAAUUUGCGUUUGUGUUGACUUUGUAAUUCAUGCGAAUGAAAAAAUUAAAUCAUGGAAAUGAAAUUAGCAACGUACAAAUAUUAUUUUUCUUUAAAAACCCACCUUUUCCCAGUGCUGUAUUUGAUUCCAUCACCAGUCCAGUCACAAGUCCCUUCACAAGGCCAGUCAUAAAUAACAGGGUGAACAAUGACAAAAGAAUGUUUUGUCACAGCUCAUUUAAAAUAGCUUGGGAAUUGGCAUGACGUGCGACAUGCUGCUACUAGCCGUUGCUAUUGGACUAAAUAUGCCACUCAUUUCCAUGAAAUGCCAGUCUUAAAAAGCCAACUCCAUCCGGAACUUUGGUCAGACCAGAGACCGACGUUUUUUGGCCUUAAGUACAUGCAUGCAAUAUACUUUGCAAACUCAUCUCGCUAUACGGACGUUGCAGAAAUAUACGUUCAUAAUGGGUUUGUCAGCUGUACAGCAUGAAGUAUAUCGUUGAUGGCUCACGCUGUGCCGCUGAAAAAUUUAAGUCGAAAUUUACACAAAAUCCAAUUUUUUGUUAUAUUCAUUGGAAGUCUUAUGUAUGAAGCAAAUUUUUCUAAAUUGAGAAUUUUUUCAUUAGAAGAUAAGGUUUUACAAUGAUUCUGGCUGAAAAUAGAUUUACCGCUCAUGUAGUUACUUUCCGGAGACCGAUCCAGAACAAGAAAAAGUGUCACCACUUUCGUUGAUCCUGUACGCCCGAAUUAAAAGUUUAAAAAUUUCAACUGA